AUGGAACACAUUGAUGCUGCUAAAUUGACAGAUGUUCGCUAUCGAUUCGACUAUGUGUCGAAAUUUCUCAAUUUCACCAAGACCGAUAUUGGCUUGCUCAAUACAAUUGCACCAAAAAUGGUACCAAUUGUACCAACAGCAGUAGAUGCAGUCUACACCAAGCUCUUUUCUUUUGACAUUACCAAGAGCGUCUUUGCCAAGCACAAGGUGAACUUCCAAGGAAAUGCUACGAGUACUCCUGACAGUCUCGAUUUAACUCCAGAACGAGUUACUUUUCUUAAAGAAAUGUUGGGCACAUACUUGAAAAAGGUUUUAACACAACAAGAAUGGGACAAUGCAUUUCUCGAAUAUUUAUCUCAUCUUGGAAAAGUACAUGCGAACAAAGCUGAUUCAAAAAAUAUUAAUGUUAGUUAUAUCCACAUGAAUGCAACAAUGGGUCUCGCCGAAAACCUUUUCAUUGAUGCACUUUUGAAUUCUGAUCUUGGUUUAGAUGACAAGACAAAAUACGCAGCUGUGGCGGCAUUGAACAAGUUCUUCUGGAUCCAAAAUGAUCUUUUUACAAUGCAUUAUAUCUCAUAA